AUUGUCUGUGUUUUUGUACGCUUGGGUAUGUUAUUGUCUGUGUUUUGUGUGCUUGGGUGGGGGAGGUUCUUUCUUUUCCUCUGAGCUAGUAUGCUAUAAACAUGUUUUUUCAUGGUUGCUAUGUGGCGGUGCCUCAAGGCUAGGAUUGCAUGGACACUGGGUUGCCGCCCAGAGGCUACGAGGCAGUACUGCACCACAGUAGAGGAUCUGAUGUCUGCUGACCAGACGUCCAGCAGUGCUGCCACUGACCCCAGCAGUGGAGGGUCCUCCUAUCAGGACAUAGUGGUCUCUGACAGUGGAGGAGCCGGACUAUACUGUUGAACAGACCACACAAGUACAACGCCAUUACCCUCCAGAUGUACAGGGAGAUCCAGGAGGCACUCCAGGCAGCGGGAGAGGACGAGGCGGUGGUGUGUGCAGUGUUGACUGGAGCUGGGGACUACUACUCUAGCGGCAACGACCUCUCCAACUUCACUAACAUCCCUCCCGAAGGGCCUCAGAAAAUGGCUGCCGAGGCCAAAGACACCCUCAAGGAGUUUGUCGGGACGUUCAUUGACUUCCCCAAGCCACUGAUAGCAGGAGUGAACGGACCAGCAGUGGGUAUCCCUGUCACUCUCCUCGCACUCUGCGACCUCGUCUACGCCGCCGACAACGCCACGUUCCACCUCUCCGUCAUGUCCCUGGGCCAGUCUCCUGAGGGCUGUUCCUCUCUCCUCUUCCCCCGGUUCAUGGGACCAGCUCAGGCUAACGAGAUGCUAAUGGCAGGGGUGAAGCUGACGGCUGGGGAGGCGUACGAGCGUGGGCUGGUCACGAGGGUCUAUCCCAAGUCAGAGUUUCAGCAGAAACUGACAGAGAAUGCACUCCACAUUGCCAGCCUACCUCCAAUGUCGCUGCAGAAGUCGAAGGCCCUGAUACGGAGCAGUAUGAGACAGCAAGCUGCACGAGGUAAACGAGGCAGAGUGCCAGCUGCUGGAGGAGAGAUGGCUGUCUGACGAGUGUGCUGCCGCCAUCAUCAGCUUCAUGACCAGGAAGAAGGACUAGCCUCUCACCAUGCCGGUCAAUUCCCCAUCGUUCCUCCCUUUCCUGGCGCUCUGUUUUAGUUUUAGUUUUAGACACUCUGUUUUAGUUGUACAGUUGUCAACUGCCAUCCCACACGUCAUUGGUACAGGCAAACAUUAUGUAUGAAGCAACUCUUUUUGUAUGAGAAAGUCUCAAAUUGCAGUUGCACAGGCCCAUAAAUUUGGAUGAGA